AUGCCACGAUACACUCACACCGCAUCUCGACAGACGACAGACGGCGCUGGAUCGAGUAGCGGAUCAAAGCUCGAGUUUGAGAUUAUCGAUGGCGAGAAGCGGAUGCGAGACGUGUUCAACAAACCUUGGGAAGUGUGCUACCUCAAGUUUCGAAAUGCUGAGGGUUCCCUACUACCCGUAAAAGUAAAGUUUGCGACGCUGGUCGAAGACGAGCCCGAAGAAGAACCACAAGAGUAA